AAUGCACCGUCUUGGGUCAUUGUGCCGCCGCCAUUCCAUAUCAAUCUUCCCUUGCGCUUUACAUUCUUCUAAUUCUUCCUGCGCCUUCAGCUACACUCCUGAUUCAACAGAAAUCGUUUACGACAAUCUUGUGAAAUUUUGUGAUGGCUUGGCUGUUCUCAAACAGAUACACUCAGCUCUGACCACCAACAGUCUCAUCACCAAAAGUCCUCACUUGGCUGCCCAAAUUAUUAUCAAAUAUGCCAAAUUUGGAUACCUCAAUUGUGCUAGAUCACUGUUCGAUGGUAUCAAUAUACGUGGCGAUAAUCGCAGUUCUUUCCUUUGGAAUACGAUGAUUCGGGCUUAUGCUAAUGCUGGCCUCUGUUUUGAAACUCUGGAGUUGUACAUGCUCAUGCGCAGAGCUGGCGUUUCUUCGAACAACUACACUUUCCCUUUCAUAUUUAAGGCAUGCGCUUCGAAUUCUUUGCUUCUUCAAGGGAAGGUAGCUCAUGGAGAUGCUGUUAAAGCUGAUUUUGAUUCAGAUGUAUAUGUUAAGGCUGCUUUGGUCGAUAUGUAUGCAAAAUGCGGUCAAUUUUGUGAUGGUCGCAAGAUAUUUGACGAAAUGCCUGUGAAGGAUUUAGUUUGCUGGACAGCUAUGAUCACAGCUUAUGAGCAGGGUGAGAAGCCUGAUGAGGCUCUCAUUUUGCUUCGGAAAAUGCAGCAACAUGGUCUGUUUCCGGAUGAAGUUACUAUGGUAAGUGUUGCCUCUGCGAUUGGUCAAUUAUGGGAUGCCAAAUGGGCUCAAUCAGUUCAUGCCUAUGCCAUUCGUCGCUCGUUUCUUAAGGAAAUAUUUGUUGCUAACUCAAUUUUGGCUAUGCAUACAAAAUGUGGGAAUAUGGAAAAGUCUUGCUUAAUUUUUGAUAUGAUGGAUGAAAGAAAUGUUAUCUCAUGGAACUCCAUGCUUUCGGGCUACACACAAAAUGGACAGGCUAGUGAAGCUUUGUUUCUUUUUGAUAAGAUGCGUGAUUCUGGAUGUGAACCUAAUUCAGUAACAGCACUAAUCAUGGUUGCAGCAUGUGCUUAUUUGGGUUCCCGCCAUCUUGGAGGGAAAUUCCAUGAUUUUAUUCUUGAUAGUAAAAUGAAAAUUGACAUGAAUCUUCGGAAUGCACUGAUAAAUAUGUAUGCUAAAUGUGGAGAUCUUAAAACCGCCGUGGAAAUGUUCAAUGAUGUUCACCCAAGUGAACGGAAUGUUAGUUCUUGGAAUGUGCUAAUUUCAGGGUAUGGCAUGCAUGGACAUGGGAAAGAAGCGUUGAGACUCUAUUCAAGAAUGCAAGAAGAAAGUGUUGAACCAAAUCACAUCACUUUUACAUCCAUUCUUUCUGCUUGUAGUCAUGCAGGCCUUAUUGAUGAAGGGAGAAAGUGUUUUGCAGAUAUGCCAAAGCUAUCCGUGACAUUGGAGCUUAAACACUAUGCUUGCAUGGUUGAUAUGCUUGGGCGAGCAGGGCUUUUACAGGAAGCACUUGAUCUGAUUAAAGAGAUGCCAUUGCCUCCAAAUGAUGCUGUAUGGGGGGCUCUGCUUUUAGCUUGCAAAAUCCAUGGGAACAUGGAAUUAGGGGAAAUUGCAGCUAACAAUCUGUUCCAGCUUGAGCCAGACCAUACAGGAUACUACGUGUUGAUGUCAAAUAUAUAUGCAGCAUCAAACAAAUGGCAAGAAGUUGGAAAGUUGAGAGAAGAUAUGAAGAACAAAGGAUUGAAGAAACCUGCAGCAUUUAGUGUGAUAGAGUAUGGCAAGGAAGUUCAUGGAUUCCACACAGCUGACCAUGAAAGCCCGUACUGGCAAGAGGUUUACAGAAAAGUGGAGAGCUUGGCCAUUGAAAUGAAGAUUGCCGGGCAUAUACCAGAUUUAUCAUGUGCUCUGCAUGAUGUGGAAGAGGAAGAUAAGGAACACAUCCUAAAUUAUCACAGUGAGAAGUUAGCUGUAGCUUUUGGUAUAUUGAAGAUUGAUUGGGGAAUGGCAAUUCGAGUAACAAAGAAUCUCCGUGUUUGCAGUGAUUGUCACUCAGCAUUCAAGUUUAUUUCACAAAUAUAUGGACGGAAUAUUAUUGUAAGGGACACAAAUCGAUUUCAUCACUUCCAAGGUGGCACUUGCUCCUGCAAGGAUUAUUGGUGAAACAGCCCAUGCUAAACCUUGGUACCCAGAUCUGAGGAUCAGCUGUUGACUCUGAAGUCUUAAGGAAGGUUGUUAUGAAUUUUCUCAAGUCCUUGAGAGUGGAGGCAAUCUACUGCAGAUUCAAAUUCCCAACACGAGUUGCAGAUUCACUUCAGAGAUGCAUAGCCAGCCACCUGUUGUUAAUGCCUUGUUUGUACCAAUUCAGUUGAUAAUAACUGAAUCUAAUUUGACGUAUAGGAAGCAAUAUCCUCUAGAUAGGAGUCAUCAAUCUCUGAAUCUGUUAUACGGAUGAUUAACUAUGGCAAUUCAACACACGCAGAUUCAACAUUUAUUUUGUAAAUUACAGAUUCUUUUGACAGUCAUGUUUUCCAUAUAAAGAAAUGACUCAGGUAUGUUAGGUCUGAGGCAUGUGCUGUCCUGUUUGUAAUCAAAGAAAUGAGUUGAUUUACUAGGCUGAAUCAUUUCUCUUUAUUUCAUUUUUUCUAAAAAGAAAUUUUAUUUCCCCCUAGUGUUAAUUACCA